CCCCUCACCUGCACCAGGAGCUCUGUCAGUCAGGUCUCAACCCACUGAAGACAGCCAAGAUGAAAGUCACAGACAUGACGUUCAAGGAGGGGCAAGAGUUCAAGAUCCGAGUCAAACCCACAGACGACUGCUCCCGCUUCAACAUCAACAUCGGUCACGACUCCGAAAACAUCGCAUUGCACUUCAAUCCCCGUUUUGAAGAAGGUGGCGACCAGAACGUCAUCGUCUUCAACUCCUUGUCCGGAGGCAACUGGGGUGAUGAGCAGCGCGAGGGAAACUUCCCCUUCGCUCGUGGAGAGGAAUGCAAGUUUCACAUCAACUUCAACAAUGAGCAGUUUUACAUCAAGCUUCCCGACGGCUCCAUGACCAACUUCCCCAACCGCCUGGGAGACGUCAAGUACAAGUACUUCAACGUGGGCGGCGACGCCAGGAUCAUCGGCAUCAAGAUCAAGUAGAGAUCAGCCUGGUCUCGACCGGUGACCCCUGACCCCAUCUUGUUGAGUCAGCAGUAGAAAGUUACACCAACAUGGAGAGAUGAUGGUUGUAAUAAGAGAAAACGGCCUGAAGACGGAGCCACAUCUUAAUGAAUUGUCUGACAUGAGUAAAAGCUGUGAAAAAAUAAA